ACCCUAAACCUUUCAUUCGCAUUUCAAUCUUCAUCUAUGGCGGACAAUGAAAACCAAACCCAACAAAAGAAAGACAUGAUCUUCCCAGUAAAACCAAAGCUUAAACCGAAAUCAAGAACCCCAUCAAAAUCCCCAGAAUCCAAAUACUGGGCAUCUUACAAAUCCACUCAAAUCCCUAAAUUAAUCUCUUCAAUCCCUUCUAUUUCCUUUUCUCCAACUUCUCCCAUUUUCGCCUCCGCAGUUUCAGCUUCCCUCACACUCUUCUCCUCUCAAACCUUCACUCAGACCUCCUCCGUCUCCUCUUUCUCCGACGUCGUUUCCUCCUGCUCUUUUCGCUCGGAUGGUUCCCUCAUCGCCGCCUCCGAUCUCUCUGGGCUUGUUCAGGUCUUCGAUGUCAAAACACGAACCCCGCUUCGUCGUCUUAGGUCCCACGCUCGUCCUGUCAGGUUUGUUAAAUACCCAGUCCUUGAUAAGCUGCAUUUAGUGUCUGGUGGUGAUGAUGCUGUUGUUAAGUAUUGGGAUGUUGCUAAUGAAACUGUGGUUAUUGACUUGUUGGGUCAUAAAGAUUAUGUUAGGUGCGGUGAUUGUAGUCCGACUAAUGGCGAAAUGUUUGUUACUGGGUCUUAUGAUCAUACAGUUAAGUUAUGGGAUGUUAGAGUUGAGAGUAAAAAGUCUGUUCUUCAAGUAAAUCAUGGAAAACCUAUUGAGGAUGUUAUGUUUUUGCCUUCUGGUGGUAUGGUUGUUACUGCCGGAGGAAAUUCUGUAAAGAUUUGGGAUUUGAUUGGUGGUGGAAAGAUGUUGCAUUCAAUCGAGAGUCAUAAUAAGACGGUUACUUCUAUUUGUGUUGGGAAAUUAAUUGAGAAAGAGAAUGGCGAAGAAGGAAUGUGGCAAUAUAGGAUUAUGAGUGUUGGUUUAGAUGGGUAUAUGAAGGUGUUUGACUAUGCGAAAAUGAAAAUUACUCAUUCAAUGAGGUUUCCUGCUCCGCUUAUGUCAAUCGCAGUUUCUCCAGAUUGUAUGGCUAGGGCGAUUGGUACGUCUAAUGGGAUUAUAUUUGGUGGGAGAAGGAAAGUGAAGGAAAAUGAGGUUCAGGGUGGAAGAGGGUUUGGGGACUUUAUAGGCUUAGGGAGUGUAGAGGAGCCGAAGAGGCGGGCUUUGAGGCCUAGUAAUUUUAGGUACUUCCACAGGGGUCAAGCUGAGAAGCCAAAUGAAAGUGAUUAUUUGAUUAUGAGAACGAAGAAGGUGAAAUUGACUGAGCAUGAUAAGUUGUUGAAGAAAUUUAGGCACAAGGAAGCUUUUGUUUCAGUGUUGAAUGGGAAGAAUCCUGAGAAUGUAGUAGCUGUAAUUGAGGAAUUGGUGGCGAGGAGGAAGUUGAUUAAAUGUGUAUCAAAUUUGAGUGAAGAAGAACUUGGAUUGUUAUUGGGGUUCUUGUAUAAGUACUCAACUAUGCCAAGGCAUUCUAGUCUUUUAAUAGGUUUGACCAGGAAAGUACUUGAGAUGAAGGGUGAUGAUAUUAGAGCUUCUGAUGCAUUGAAGGGUCAUAUUAGAAAUCUGAAGCGUGCAAUUGAAGAAGAGAUCAGAAUACAACAAUCACUACAGGAGAUACAAGGUGUAAUUUCUCCAUUGUUAAGGAUUGCUGGGAGGAGAUGAAAGUCCUAGCUUUUCUGGUAUUAGGUACUCUUUGCUGCUAUACAUGUUACAAGAAAGAUUUUACUAUUUAUCUUGGCAAAAAACGGUUUGUGCUUUAGUCCAAUUAUUUGUUUUUAAUGUUUCAAGAAUAUUCCUGGAUAUUUUUCCAAGUUUUGUAUCAGAAAGAUGUGUGGAACUUUUUAAUUCUAAUUGAGUUUUGGCCUUCAA